AUGCCUAUCGCCGUAGACACCGCGCCCGUCGAGCAACCCGAUUCCUCCUUCAAGAAGAGGUUUACAGAAAGGACUACCCCUCCUCCUGAACUUCCACCAUUCUUCUACGCCGACCGAUUCGAUAAGGCUCAUUUCGGUGAUUGGCGAGAUGAAUUGGCCACCAAAGGAUAUACCGUCGUCAAGGCGAUUCCAACUGAAAAAGCCCUCGAAUAUAGAGAAAGAGCUUUCCAAUGGAUGGAAUCUUUCCCCCUUGGAUUCGAUAGGAACGAUGUCAAGACUUGGAAGAACGAACAUCUUCCGGUGCAUAUCAAAGGUGGUAUGUUCCAUGGUUAUGGUUUUUAUGAUAUAUCACAGUUGUGGGACAUCCGAUGUGAAGAUGGAGUGAUCGACGCCUUCGCCAAAGUAUGGGGUACCGACGAGCUCAUCACCUCAUUUGACGGUGGGUCAAUCAUGUUACCCAACAGAGUCGAUGUGAUGGACAGCGGCAAAUGGGAACACAUGGAUCAAUCACACUACCGAAGAGGGUUCUACUGUUGUCAAGGUUUGGUCAACUUGAAUAACAACGGACCUGACGAUGGAGGGUUGAUGGUCCUGGAGGGAAGCUCGAAGCUUGUCGAGGAGUACUUUGACACUCAUGGCAGAAACUCUUAUAAAUCCUGGGGUCCAUUCGAUUGGUUCGGUUUUACCGAAGAACAGCAACAAUGGUUCUUCGAUCGAGGUUGCAAAUGGGUCAAAGUCUGCGCCGAGCCCGGAGAUCUGAUCCUUUGGGAUUCAAGAACAAUGCAUUACAACGUUAGACCAAAAGGUGACAGAGAUAGAGUUUGUACUUACAUCUGUAUGGCUCCAGCGCACUUGUUGACCGAAGAAGACCGUCAAUUACGAGUCGAAUGUUUCGAGCAAUCAAAAGGUACCACCCACGUCCCCUUUGCUGCCAUCUACGCGAGGGACUUCGAACCUGUAAAGAGAUCAGAUGGUUCACCUUGUCCUCACGAUACAGGUAAACCCAAAAACCCGCCCGUAUUGAAUGAUAAAAUUGCCAAAUUGGUUGGUAUCAAACCUUACUAG